AUGGAGAGAGAGAUAACUCACCCAAUGCACCAGCGACACAAGCUGAGGCUGGAGUACACAGAGAUCCCCUACAACUGUGAUGGGUGCAAGGAAGCUGGUAUAGGCUACAAAUACAAGUGCCAGCAAUGUGGGUUCAACUUGCACAAGGUUUGUGCCAUUGGUGCCCAAAGAAUCACCCAUCCUUUCUAUGAAAAAUGUGAAUUUAAGUUAUACUAUUAUCCCCCUGGCAAAGGAAAGCGAGUAUGUGAUGCAUGUAGAACUUAUGUUCAUGGAUUUGUGUACCACUGCAAUAGUUGUGACUUCGAUCUCCAUCCUUGUUGUGCAAACCUACCACAAGUCCUUGAUGAUGGAAAACACAAUCUCUACCUGUGUAACAAGCUCUCGAGCUCGUGUCACAGCUGCGGAGGGAAGGGACUCGGUUGGUCUUACAGGUCGCACUGCAAAACCUACAACCUUCAUCUGUCAUGUGUGAAGGAGAUGCUGCUGGAAAGCUGGCAAGCCAUAUAUUUUAAUGUGGAUAAGAAUAAGGUUAGGCAAAUGCAUACUUCCAUCCCAAGCCUCAAGGGAUCACUGCAAAACCGUUCUGGGGCAAGAGGAACAGUCAAGAAGUAUGGUCAGAUGGCUGGUACUGCAGCUCGUGCCAUUAUCUCCGCCAUUCUGGGGGACCCUACAGCUAUAGUAGCAGCAGUAGUUGGUGGCAUCAUAUCAAAGUAA